CACAUCUGAAACUCGUCAUUAACAAAACUUGCACAUUUUCUGAAAAUAUCAAAAAACAAAAAACAAAUUUGAGACAAUUUUUCACUUUCUACGGUAAGAAUGACCAAUCACAAUACGUUGCUGAUAGCAUGAUGUGUGGAGUGACUGGCUUUUGGCCAAUCAUAUUCUUUGUUUUAUGCGCACGCCUAUGCGACUUUCACUGUGCACUGCGACUUUCACUGUGUACUAUGGCGACUUCUGAGUCGUUUGAUGCCAGUGAGACGGACAAUUCUGAGGCUGGUGAAUCCGCUUUCUGUUCCAUACAUGUCAUCGAUACUCAGAGCAAGAUUAUACCAUUUAGUGAUAAAAGCUAUCAAAAGUGUAAGGAGUGUGCAGCUAAGUGGGUAAUCGUGGAAGAGAGUUUAGAAAGUGAAGUUGCAGAGAAGUUGCAAGAACACGUACACGAAAGUGAAGGUGUGGGACAAGUCGGUCUUCAGUCAUCGACAACAAGCAGGGAGCACCAUACUCGGCUUCGAGGAUAUCAUGCUGAAUGUUACCGACACUUUUGCAACGUAACGACAAUCAGUAGAGCAUUGACAAGAUUUCAGAAGAAGAGAGAUGCUGAGAAGACAUCUACAGAAGAUCCAGAGGAAGUGUCAGCAAGUGAGGAUGCCCCUGCACCCAAGAGACUGCUGCGGUCGAGAGUAUCCCAUGAAAAUCAACCCUCUACCAGCCAUGACUUUGAUAAGCCGCAUGUAUUGCCAGUCCAUUGCAUUAUCUGCAAAGGAGCUAAGUAUAUCCGCGAACAGUCUUCUGGUAAACGGAAAGUAGAAAAAUUAAUUCUUUGUGAAAGAAAAGAUGGGGGGCAUCUGUUAGAGGCCGCUUUAUUAAAGCAAGAUGAACAAUUGCUUUUACACAUACGUGGGAAAGAUCUUGUUGCAAUAGAAGUAAGGUACCAUAAAUCGUACCCAUCUAACCAGAGCAGUACAUAUUUUGUUGCUAGGUAUUACUACAUGCAGGUAAAGAGAAGUGUCAUAAAGCAUAACAAGUGCUCUAUAAACAGGAACCAAUAUUUUAUUUUGAAAAUUCCUGAUACAUGUUGAGUAAUGGUCAUUCCCUUUGUCAUUCUGGAAAGUAUUUGUUCUUCAUGUAUUUUUUUUUCAUCAUGACUUGACACUGAAAGUUGUUUCUCAAUAUGUUAAUGUAAGGGAAGAAAAUACUUGUAGAUGUCGGGAGAUAAAUGUGUUUUUUGCCUCAGUCUAUUCACUGCUAAAUAAAUACAUUGUACCAUUGUAGGUAUAGAUUUGAACUGGACAUGUAAGUAUUUUGUUCCAUUGUGAAAAAAUAUUCUAAUUGUGCACUAUCGGAGGAUUGAGAUUAAGUAGUUCACAAUUUUGUAAAUACCAUGAUUAGUAAUUGAAAUGUAUUCACGUUUAAGUUUAUGUUUUAUGCUGUACAAAUGUGGGUAUCUGGCAAUUCUUGUUUUUGUCAUCAACGUAAUGGAGGGAAAAUAUUGUUAAAAAUAUAAUUAAAUCAUCAAAUCAUCAAAGGCAAGUAGCAAGGAAGUUGAUUUAUGUCUGGUUUCCAUGCCUUGUAUGAAUCAAUGAUGGAUUUUCUCCCUCUAACAGUACACAAUGAUAUUGAACAUUUGAAAGUCAUUGUAUGAAUUAAUUCUCUGUAUUGCUAGUACAGUAGACUUAUACUUGUUCAAAAUCUGUUGGGGCAGUUUAAUAGAUUUGGUAUUAAGGAAUGAGUUUGAUCAUUGUUAUGAAAAAAAAAAGAAAAAAAAACUGCCUGGAAAUUUCCUUUAAGAGCCAGAAAAGUGUACCUCAUCAUGAAUACAAUUUAUUUUUCUUACAAUGAAUCUACUUCAUACUAUGCAUUACGUCU